AUGACGGCCGACGAGCUCUUCGACGAGGGAAAGAUACGCCCUCUGAAGCCGCCGCCGCGCUUGCUCGAAGGCGGCAGCGUCGGAUCGUCGCCACGAUCGGCGAGGUCCGUGAUGUGGACUCCCCGGCUACGGCGGAGCCUUGUCCGACCCGGUGGCGCCGACUUCGACCCAUUCGCUGCCGCUCUGGCGAAGGCAGCCAACGCCCCCUCCCCUCUUGGAGCCGGCAGCAAUGACGACAUGAGCGGCGUCGAGCCAGCCUCGUCGCCCGAGAACCCAGCAGACCCUGCCACGACGGCGAUCUCCACUCCCCCGACCACGGCCAAUGGCGGGAGGAAGAAGUGGCGGCUCAGCGACCUGCUCCUGUUCCGGAGGGUGUCAGGCAAAGGCCACGACGCCGGCAACAUUAGCAGGGACCCGGUGUUCAAAUACGCGCCGGUGCAGCAGCUUGGCACGCCGGUGAAGACGGCGAGCGCAGGCCCCGCGGCAGCCGAAGGCGAGGUCUCAUCGAGCAAGCGCAAGAAGCAGAGCAAGAAGGCGCCACCAGAGGGCGCCAUGCCGCUGCCGCAUAGACAGAGCAUGACAGGGUGCGUCCGGCUGCACCCCGGCCUGCACCGGCUGGCCAAAGGGUUCCACGGCCACUCGGCGCACCUCGGCGGCCGCGGCACCUCCAGGUCGGCCAUGAAAGGGUAA